AUGACAGAUCAUACGAUUCGACAUAUAGCUACUGUAUUUCCAGUAGAUGCUGAAGCCUUAAAGCCACAAUCAAAGUUAAGUCAGCGACGUGAUAUUAUUAGAGAAUUUAGUUUAAACACAUCGGCUCAUGGUAUUCCCGGUAUUGCUCGUAGUCAAAGUCCUCAUAAUCGUAUCUUUUGGUUUGUUUCGUUUAUUGCUUUUACCGGUAUUAUGUGCUAUUUCAUUGUUACAGCACUUCUUGCUUAUUAUAGUUAUCCUACUGAGACUUCAAUAAAUGCUGUUGAUGAAUGGCCACAACCUUUCCCAGCAGUAACUAUUUGUAAUUAUUCUCCAUUUCGUUAUGAUACGCUAAUUGAACCCUUUUUAAACUAUACAAAUGCACUUAAUUUAACUAAUACAACUAAUACAAAUACAUUUUCUAAACAACAAGCAUUAUACGUUUCUGAUUUUGCUCAAUAUCUUUUGAAUCAAAAUGAAUCUUUAAAGAAGUUCUAUUAUCCACUUGAAUCAAUGCUUAUCAGAUGUAUUUAUAAUGAUGUCAACUGUACAGCAGCGGAUUUUGUUGAAUUUAUAUCUCCAGUAUAUGGUCUAUGUCACACAUUCAAUGCAGAAGCACCACAUAUUAAUAAUGGUCAAUUACAUUAUAACAACGAAAAUGGAUUUAGUGGUAGUCUACAAUUAGAUCUUUAUAUACAUAGUCAUAUGUAUGUUCCACAUCUAUCUGAUGCUGUAAGUAUAGUAACAAUGGUUCAUGACAACCAAAAAUUACCUAUUAUUGAAAAAUUUGGUGCUCAACUGAUACCAGGACGAAAACAUAAAUUAGGUUAUAGUAAAAAGAGAACCACUUUCUUACCAUCACCUUAUACAACAUGUAGUGAUACAGUUACUCCUGGAAUGCGCGCUAUGUACGAUCAAUUUUCAGGUGCAGAUUAUGACUAUACAAUCGAAAUAUGUUUCAGAGUCGCUCUUCAGACUUAUACAUAUGAAGUAUGUGGUUGUGUCGAUCCAUCCCAAUGGGCAGCUCGUUAUGUGCUUCCUCUUGACACUACAACUGUCAUUCAUGCACCUCUUUGUAAUGUAUCUGAUCGUUGUUAUUAUAAUGCAGCAGAUAAAUUUCAGAAUUCAAAAGCUAUUUCUUACAAAUAUGGUGCAACUUGUGGUCUAGAUUGUUCUAUCAUUGAAUUUAUACUUAAAAUAUCUUCUAGUUUAGCACCAAUGCAAUGGAAUAUAGACGAUAUAAAAACAUUUGUAGAAUCAUCUUCAAUUCCUUUACCUCUUAACUGGUCGACAACAUGGUCAAGUGAGAUUCAAACAAAUUAUGUUGGUAUUAAUGUUAUAUGUGAAACAACUCGAGUCGAAAAUAAUAUACAACAAGCGGCAUUAAGUCCUGUUGAUGUUAUAUCAAAUAUUGGUGGUCAAACAGGUCUUUGGAUUGGUAUCAGUUUUCUUUCAUUGAUGGAAGUUGCUGAAAUGUUUUAUCGACUUAUUCGACAUCAAUUUCAUCGAAUUCGAGAAAAACUAUGUCAAAGAACAGUGAACACAGACAUAAAAAUAUAA